AUGAGGCUGUUCAAGCUGCUGAUUUUCUUGGCCCACUGGGGAGUCACCAGGGCUGAACCAGGGAAGUUCUGGCACAUCUCGGACCUGCACCUUGACCCUGACUACAAGGUAUCUGAAGACCCCCUCCAGGUGUGCCCAUCAGCUGGCUCCCAGCCGGUGCCCAAUGCAGGCCCCUGGGGUGACUACCUCUGCGACUCUCCCUGGGUCCUCAUCAACUCCUCCAUCUAUGCCAUGAAGGAGAUCGAGCCCAAGCCAGACUUCAUCCUCUGGACCGGUGACGACACACCUCAUGUGCCCAAUGAGAGGCUGGGAGAGGCAGCCGUGCUGGGAAUUGUGGACCGCCUGACCAGGCUCAUCAGAGAGGUCUUUCCAGGUACUAAAGUCUACGCUGCUUUGGGGAAUCAUGACUUUCACCCCAAGAACCAGCUCCCAGCAGGGAGCAACAGCAUCUAUGAUCAGGUGGCAGAACUGUGGAGGCCCUGGCUCAGUAACGAAUCCAUCGCUCUCUUCAAAGAAGGUGCCUUCUAUGCCGAGAAGCUGCCUGGACUGAGUGGGGCUGGGCGAGUCGUGGUCCUCAACACCAACCUGUACUACGGCAACAAUGAGCAAACAGCGGGCAUGGCCGACCCCGCUCGGCAGUUCCAGUGGUUGGAAGACGUGCUGACCAAUGCAUCCCGAGCUAAGGAAAUGGUGUACAUUAUUGGCCACGUGCCCCCAGGGUUCUUUGAGAAGACUCGGAACAAAGCUUGGUUCCGGGAGGGCUUCAAUGAGGAGUACUUGAAGGUGGUCCGGAAGCACCAUCAUGUCAUCGCGGGGCAGUUCUUUGGUCACCACCACACUGACAGCUUCCGGAUGUUUUAUGAUGAUACAGGUGCCCCCAUCAGCGUCAUGUUCCUUACACCGGGGGUCACCCCAUGGAAAACCACCUUACCUGGAGUGGUCAACGGGGCCAACAAUCCAGGCAUCCGGGUAUUUGAAUAUGACCGAGCCACACUGAGCCUGCAGGACAUGGUGACCUACUUCGUGAACCUGAGCCAGGCGAACGAAAAGGGGAUCCCGCUCUGGGAGCUUGAGUACCGGUUGACCGAGGCCUACGGGGUGCCCGACGCAGGCUCCCGCUCCAUGCACGCGGCGCUGGGCCGCAUCGCCAGCGACCCCGGCACGUUGCAGCGCUACUACGUCUACAACUCGGUCAGCUACGACAGGGAGGCCUGCGACCCGGCCUGCAGCGCCGAGCACGUGUGCGCGAUGCGCGAGGUGGCCUUCGACGCUUACGCCGCCUGCCUGCGCGCCCCAGGAGCCGCGCUCGCGCCCCGGCUCGCGCUCCUGCUCGCGGCGCUGCUGGGCCUGCGCGCGCUGCCAGCGCCGUGACCUCGGGCGCCCGGCCGCCUGGCUCGCCCGUCCCCGG